GGGAACUCUACGACCGCAAUCAACUUGUGAAUUUCCCUCUGUUGGUUAACAGUGACUUGUUGCCUUGUUUCAUUUUUUUGAUUUUUAGCUUUGCUUGAACAAAAACUCAUUGGUAUCUUAAGGCAUCUUCCUCUCCUUCAACCCUUUUUCAGUUCAUCUACCUCUUUCCUUUCUUUCUUUUUCUUCCUUACUUUUCGUCUUGUAUAUACAAUCUAUAUAUCCUUAUGCAUUAUCGACUCUUACUGUGGCUUUCUCUAUGGUAUGCAACAGUCUCCAUUGCUCACUCACAUGCUCUUCCGCAUAAACGGGAUCAUGCGAAUCGUGCCUAUUACACCAUCUAUACCUCCUCUGGCGAUGCCGAAGCAGCGGAACUAGUGGCCCGUCAACUCAAUGCACGAUUCGAAGGCCGUGUGGGUGAGCUGGAGCAAUACUACUGGAUCAGUACGCCGCAUCGACGGAAACGCGACGACCAUAGCAGUGACGAUACACUGCUAGCUCAGUUUCACGCUUUGCGAAAUACUGCGUUAAGGAAAAGAGAUAACACAGCGUUCCAUCGCGUGGAUUUCCUGGAGCAGCAGAUACCCCGUCGUCGCUUAUACAAACGUGGGGUGGUGCCAAGAAUGGCUAAACGGCAGGAUGAAGAGCCGCUUGUACCGCCUGUGACCGAAAAUACGUUUGAGGAACAAAAAGUGAACGAAAAGAUGGUGUUAUCGACCAAGACGAUGCUCAAUCAACCCGGCGGAUAUGAAGCGCUGAAGGCAGCGUUAGGGAUUGCGGAUCCUGGCUUUGAUAAUCAAUGGCAUUUGAUCAAUCGCCAGCAGCAAGGCUACGAUCUCAACGUCACCGGCGUAUGGAGUCAAGGAAUUACUGGUAAAAACGUCGUGGUGGCGAUUUUGGACGACGGGUUAGACAUGGACAGUGACGAUCUCAAGGAUAAUUUUUUUGCCUUGGGAUCUUACGAUUUCAACGACCAUACUGAAUUACCUAAACCGAGAUUGUCGGAUGAUAAUCAUGGCACGCGAUGUGCAGGAGAGAUCGCGGCCAUGAAGAAUGAUGUAUGUGGAGUGGGAGUGGCGUAUGAAGCCAAAGUAGCAGGCAUUCGUAUUUUAUCAGCGGACAUUACUGAUGCGGACGAAGCCGAAGCUCUCAAUUACAAGUAUCAAGAUAAUCAUAUUUAUUCCUGUUCUUGGGGACCGCCCGACCAGGGAGAAGUAGCCGAAGCACCGCAGGGGAUUGUGCUGAACGCUAUCAAGAAUGGGAUUGAAAAGGGCCGUAAUGGUACCGGUACCAUUUUCGUUUUUGCUUCUGGCAACGGAGGGGCCAACGAUGACAAUUGCAAUUUCGACGGAUACACCAAUAGUUUGUACACGAUUACGGUCGGCGCGAUUGAUCGCAUGAAUCACCAUCCUUAUUACGCUGAGCAAUGCUCAGCCCAGUUAACUGUCACUUACUCUAGUGGUAGCGGGGGCUAUGUUUACACAACCGAUGUAGGACAGAAUAAAUGCGCCGAUCGUCAUGGUGGAACAUCAGCCGCCGCACCGUUGGCGGCGGGUGUGUUUGCUCUAGUGCUGUCGGUACGACCUGAUCUGACCUGGCGUGAUAUGCAACGACUUUGUGUAGAAACGUCGAUUCCCGUUUCCAGGGACGACGACGACUGGGCCCUGCUACCUUCGGGACGCAUGUACAAUCACAAGUUUGGUUACGGACGGCUCGACGCAUACGCCAUUGUGGAAGCCGCGAAAACCUUUCAGAGUAUGCGACCCCAGACCCAUCUUUCGAUCACAAUGCCACAAGCGGAGAAGCUCGACAUUCCCGAUUUGACUGAUCUUAACAAUGGCGUUGAUAAAUCGGCAGCGUUAACAAGCACACUGACAGUGACGCAGGAAAUGGUGGAUCAAGUUGGUUUGGAUCAUCUGGAACAUGUAACAGCUACGGUCACGAUCGAGCAUGGACGACGCGGUGAUCUUGAAAUUCUCCUAGAAAGUCCCAAUCAUGUCAUCAGUCAAUUAGGCGCUCCACGCAAAUUUGAUCUCAGUACAGAUGGUCUCAAAGAUUGGACAUUUAUGAGUGUCAAGCAUUGGGACGAAAACCCGGUGGGUAACUGGACCCUGAGGAUUGUGGAUGGGAAAAAUCCACAAUACACGGGCAAGUUCAUCAAUUGGACACUGGGGCUCUGGGGUGAAAUGACGGUGGAGUUCCAUCAAGGACAGACGGGCAACGACACCAGUCUCCAUGACGAACCGGACCUCAAAGCUUCCUCUUUUGAAGAUGACAAAGCUUCAUCCUCAACGACCACGUCGCCGUUGAUGCCAACGUAUUCUGCUCCAGUGAGCGAAAAUACCGCAGCCGAGAUCUUAUCGAACGCCAACACCACUGUGAGCGUGUGGGAUGAAAUUGAAGGAUCGACAUUCGACAACAAUUCCUACAAAAAUAGCGAAAGCAAAGUGGAUAACACCUUCUUUGUGUAUACCUUGGUGGUGCUGUUCUUGGCCGUGAGUGUGGCAGGAACAGCGUAUGUGGUUCGUCGACAUGUGAUGGGACCCGGAGCUGCCACCGCAACUACACAAUAUACGAGUGCGUCUCAGCAGGAUCCGGAUCGAUACGAAUUUGACGUAUUACGACAGGGACGUCGUCUGGAAAGAGUAUCUGAAGAGGAGGAAGAUGAUGACAGCCGAGGGGAAGGAUCCGGUCGACCAAGUGGGGUCACAAGUCCCAUGUUGAAACGGGCCGAUAUCAAAGGAAAAGGCAAAAUGGUGUUCCGAUCACCGCCACAAAGCGAUUCCUCGGCUUAUGAUACUGAUAGCUAGUCGCCGCCUUUUCAUUCUGGAUACAUCAUGAUUUGUUUGUUUUCAUUCCCGGUUCAUUCACUGUUUUUUUAAUUUUUCAUUACUCUUCUUGUAAAUUUUUUUUGCUAAAGAUCUAAAGCGCUAUAUUACAGAUACCAUGGUUUUUAUACCAUACAUAUGAG